UCUUAUUUCAAUCAUUUUAUUUGUAUUUUAGUGUUUAUUUAUUUUAGUUGAAAGUGACAGCCACUUUCCCAAAUCUACGCACAUGCCUCAUCAUCAUCAUUUAAUACCACGAUCUAAUGCACUGUACUAGAGAUGAAAGCAUCUAUUAAAAAAAGAACAAGCUCGGCUCUAUCUCUUCACCACUUCAACUUAAAACACAAAACAAGCUUUCCUCUUUUGUAUCAGACAGGCAAGUCUAUGACCAUGGCUUCCUCAGCUGCUGCUGCAUCGAUCUCUCUUGUAACUCUAAGGAACCUCUCUCGGAAUCAUCAAACCCCUCUUUUGGGUUCCUUCCACAACCUAAGGAUCUCAUCUAACGGUCCAGCUUUCUCCACACGAUCAAAAUCCACCACCUCCUCCUCCACUCCAGGUUUCUUCAAAACCAUGUGCAGCAACAGCAGCAGCGAUAACUCCAGACCAACUAAGAUCCAAGAACUCAACGUGUACGAGUUCAACGAAGGAGACCGAAACAGCCCAGCUGUUCUAAAACUAGGCAAAACCCCACAACAUCUUUGCAUCGGCGACCUCGUCCCUUUCACGAACAAACUCUACACCGGAGACCUCAAGAAACGCGUCGGGAUCACCGCAGGGCUCUGCGUUUUGAUCCAGCACGUUCCUGAGAAGAAGGGCGAUCGUUUUGAAGCUUCUUACAGCUUCUACUUCGGAGACUACGGUCACAUUUCCGUUCAGGGACCUUACCUGACUUACGAGGACACGUUUCUCGCCAUCACUGGUGGCUCCGGCGUCUUUGAAGGAGCUUACGGACAGGUCAAGCUUCGUCAGCUUGUGUAUCCGACCAAGCUGUUCUACACUUUUUACUUGAAAGGUGUUGCCGGUGAUUUGCCUGUGGAGCUUACCGGAAAACAUGUUGAGCCGUCGAAAGAUGUGAAGCCGGCGGUGGAGGCUCAGGCGGCUCAGCCCGGCGCCACUAUCCUUAACUUUACUGAAUAAACAAUCAUUGUGUCGUUGAGCUUUCUCUGUUUGUUUUCUGGUGGAUUUUAAUGGGUCUAUUCAGUGGGUGGGCCUAAAUAAUGGGCUUUUAAAUAAGAGGUCGCUUUUGGUAAAUCUAUUUUUCUUCUAAACAAUUACAAUGUCACAACAUUCAUGUCACAACAUUUAUAUACAAUUAUC